UCUGAAACUAACUGAACUGGAAAAAGUGUUUGGAGAUGAACAUCCUCUUUAAUAUCUAUUUAUCUAGCUUACCUGCCUUUUUGUGAAGUUUUAAGAUCCAAUAGGCUGCUGUAUAUUGGUACUUAGAUGUUCCUUAGGUCUAUGGGUAUAUGGGUAGAUGCCAUUUAGCCACGUGGAGAGGGAAUGAAAUACCCCAGCAGCAGAGCACUGGCAUGAAAUCGAUAGGUGCCGACGUCAUACUCUGGAUAUGAAUCUGUCUCCUACAUUUGGCAUUGGCACCCCAUGGUGCUUUACCAGUGUUCUGUUCUACACUUUGGGGAUGGAUCCUGUGGUGUGACCCUAUGGUGUAAUAUUAUAGUUCAGACUCUAAGACGGGGUACACCAAAGGAAAUCCGUGCAGGUUCUCCCUGACAGGACAGUAUGGCCACUCCUGAUGUUAGCGUGCAUGUGGAAGAGGUGGUAGUAGUAACUACGCCAGAUACCAUUAUGGAUGGCAGUGGUGUUGAGGAAGUUAAAGCUGUGCUGGUCACCACAAAUAGGAGCCUGACAGAUGAUGUCCUUGAGUCGGAGAAUAUUGCUGCUGCUGCUGCCGCUGCUUUCAGUCCCUCUACAGAGCUAAAGGAGGCAGUGCUAGUAAAGAUGGAGGAGGAGGAAGAGGAGGGUCUGGAAACAGAAAUUUUGUAUCCUAUUACUUGUGGAGAAAGCAAAGCCAAUCUCAUCUGGAGAAAGUUUGUGUGUCCAGGGAUCAAUGUGAAGUGUGUGCAGUGCAAUGACAUGUUGAUUAGCCCCAAAGAGUUUGUUCAUCUGGCAGGGAAAUCAACACUGAAGGAUUGGAAGAGAGCGAUCCGAAUGAAUGGUGUAAUGCUCAGGAAAAUAAUGGAUUCUGGGGAGCUGGACUUCUACCAGCAUGCUACAGUCUGUUCCAACACCUGCCGCAGCACCAAGAUCGACUUGACUGGGAACCGCUUGUCUCUCUGUAGCCAGACAUCGACAGAAUAUAUUCCCAUUAGCCAAGCUACAGGAGAAAAUUUCACAGUGAAUGGGACUCCAGCCACCAUUACCAUUGAAACAAGCGAGAGUUGUGGAGACUGGACUGGCACAGUUGUGGACGAGUCACUGGUGUUCUGGCAGGGCCUGAAGGAUGCUGGGCUGUUAGAAGAAGUUAUCCAGGAGUUUCACCAAGAGCUGCUGGAAACCAUGAAAGGACUAAAACAGCGUCUUCAGAGCCCACCCAUCCAGCUGCAAGAUGCUGUCUUACUUAACAACAUUGUUCAGAAUUUUGGCUUGUUGGACCUGAUUAAGAAAGUGUUGGCCAGUCACAAGAGCCAGAUGGACAGGUCCAGGGAGCAGUAUACACGGGAUUUGGCAGCACUAGAGCAGCAAUGUGAUGAAAACAGGAGAAGGGCCAAGGAACUCAAAAACAAGUCUCAGCAUCUCAACAAUGUUCUUAUGACUCUGACACCAGUCAAUGUACCACCGCCACCACCACCAGCCAAGAGACCACGCCUGUCCCGUGCCACGUCGGGCCCAGCAGCCAUCAGUGCACAGACUCCAGCACAGCCCACCCACAUCACUCUGCCCCAGGGAAUGACCCUCUCUCAGCUGAACAGCUUCCCGUUCAGCAAAAUACUGUCCAGCAGCAUCCCUAUGUCUUCUAGCUAUCCUGCUUUCAGCAAGAACACUUCCUCUCCCUCCUCACCCAUGAUGGGAGGUUACACCAUUGUCACACCUUCAGGCAGUAACUUCCCCAGCACACUGGAGAUUCACCCCGACUCUUCCAACCUCACGGUCCUGAGCACGGCAGCCAUGCAGGACAGCAAUACUGUUUUCAAGGUGUUGAGUCCCAUGCAGCUUCUCACCCUGCAGGGCCUGGGGGCCAUACAGAAUUUAGCCCAGAUUGCUCCAGCGGGAAGCACUAUUGUGGCCAUGCCCUGUGGUACUGGAGAAGGGGAGGAGGAGCAGACCACCAUUGAGGUGACCUCACUCACAGAGGAGGAGGAGGAGGAGCAAGAGCAGAAUUAGUGGCAGCUGGAGGUACUGUGUGUGUCUCACAACAUUGCUCAGGUGCUGGACAGGGAGGACAGCCCCUGAAUGAGGACAAUGCUGAACCAAAGAGGGAUAUUUCCAUCUGUGCUGGGGGGGACAGAGCUGCAGUUGAUAUAUAUGCUUCUUUGCUUGCAGCUUUAUCCUUGCAGGUCAGUCUGAACAGGGUAACAAACUGUUUCAUAGGACUCCUUGUCCUCAGCCUUGGCUUCUACAGCUAAGAGGAAACACAGGACGGGAACACAUUUCCUGGGCCCCCAGAACAUGAUGGAGCAGGGAGAGCUGGGAGCCAGGGGUGCAGGCAAGGUGCUCUAUAUAACCUUCCCCAAAUCUCUUCCAGGCCUGAGUGUUUGCAAGGGCUAACAUCUCCCCACCCGCUCAUGCCAAAGUCAGCAUUCCCACCCAUGUGAUGAGAAAGAACCUAAGCAAUGAGCCACUUUCCCUUUUCCUCAAGUCCAUCAAGGCUUCCCCCCUGCAGGGUAUUCUGUCCCAGAAUCGAAACUAUAAGGACUGCCCUUGGUAGUGGCCUCAGAUUCUGUUGCUGUUUUUCUCUCUGGGGAAGUUGAACAGAGCUUAUGUUGGCUAUUUGGGAAGGGGGGCUUGAGUUGGAAAGCAUUUGGAAACCCAAUAAACAGCAGUGAUUUGGCCAUGAAGUGAUGGUGUUUUUCCACUUGAGGGCAUUGAGGAUGCAAUGUAGUUUAUUUUUGAUAAUGCUGCCUGCUGUAGGACCGGACCAGCCCUUUUCCGCAUUGAAUAUAUUAAAUGACACUGGCUGCCCUCACUGGCUAUUUCCUUAGAAGAGAUUUCCCUGCUGGAUUUUGCUACUCUUGCCCCAGGGCAAUACUUACAGUGGGCACAAAGACCCUAGGGCUGCAGGUGGCAUGACUAUAUCUUGGACAUUACACUUGUACCUGUCCUUCCAUGCAAACAGCCCUUGAAUGGGUCACAUGAUCAAUAAAUCUGCCCGAAACUAGGCAUGUUGCUCUCUCAGAUGUUGAACUGCAACUCCUGCUACAUUGUAGUUGCACGGCUUCUAGGGAGAUGCAGGUUGCACAUUCCUGCUGUAAAGGUAAAUGAUGAAGCCUUUACUCUUCACCUCGGGCCCAAUCAUAGUGCCCACUUGUGUUUAUUGGACUCCAUGUUGUCUGAUUUCUUGUUAUUUACUUCCACUCUCUGCCCAAUAAAGCUUUAAAGGCUGUUUCUUA